AUGAGCGAACAAACACCACUGUCGGUGGAGUACCCACCAACACUGCAAGCAGUCGAUUUCUUUGAAAAAAUUAAAGAUGAAUUAUUAAAUGGCCCUCACCACCAAUACAUACGACGGAAUAGAAUUUGUGUAGGAUGCUUUAAACGACAUGUCCGAGAAGCAAACAGAAAAAUGAGUAUGCCAUUGAACCCAUAUUUAUUAAGCAGGGCAAUGAUACCAGUUACGGCGUUCAUUCACGCGGUAAUAAGUCAUCCGAACGCGGAGAGAUCAGUGUGUAUAGAGGUUAGGUUAGAAGUAGGGGAAAUACUAGAGGAUGUUAUUGCUCGACGGAUUAUUUCUGUUGAUCACUUAUUCGAAGAAUAAAAAAAAUAUAUAAAAGCGUA